AACCCACACUUCAAAAUAGACAUGACCACGCCAUUACCAGCAGUGAACGACGAUUAGGGCCGUUGAGACAGCCGCCGUCCCAGCGCCGUGAGUGCUCGCUGCUUUCCCGUCUUGUCCCUUCUCUCUCUUCUCUCCUUCUCCUCGCUUCAGAAACGCACCAGAGAGCUCUCGGACCGGAUUGAAGUGCGCCGCCCGUCGUCGUGUGUUCCUGGCCCGUCAGCACACGCAGAGGGCGGGGCCGAUCUGGAGGGAGAUCCGGCCAGGCGCGGCCGGCGCUGGGAACUUGAGGAGCGUGCAGGGAAUUCCAUGGCGGGGACCAGGGGCUCGGUUGGGGGAAGAAGAAGUGCUCGGCUGGGAGAAACACCGGGGCGCCAUGGGAGCACGGAGGAGAUUCGACGAGCAGACUGGGCGAGCACCAGGAAGUUCUGAGCUAUGGCAGCCACAGGGCGAGAGCAGUGCUGCUACAGUAGUGACCGCUGCAGCAGAUAGGACAACGGAGGUCGGAGGCCCCUUCCAAGGAAGCAAUGCCAAGAACCAACAAGAACACGGCAAGAACUAGCAUCACUACAGUUGCAACAAAUAAUAAUCUUACUAAAUCGCCAUCGAUCUCGACGGCAAAUUAUCCGCUAAUCAUCUUCCACCUCCAGCUAAGUUCUCCGAGAACCAUCAUUGCAAAAUGUGCUGCCAUAAGCAUGCAAACAUUACUCCCGCCAUAAGCAUGCAAACAAGGACAUCUUUUCUUAUCUCUCUUGCCCCCCAUCUGUCACGGCAAUGGGCAAAAUAGUUCGUUCUUCUGCUCACCGACGCGAGCCAAUGAUGCUCCUUGAUCUCCAUUCUCCAUAGGCACCGUUUCCGGCACGGUGCGUCACGCGGCGCAGGUGUACGGCCAGGCGUCGCGGCUCUCCUCGUCGGGGGUAGCUGAUGCGGGACCUGGACGAGGGCGCGACCCCGGCCGACGCCAACAGAGACCGAGCGCCUGCAGUACGUAGGAAAUGGAGAAUUGGAGAUAGGCGCGCUGGAUAGCAGAAGAAGCAUCAGAGGAGGCACGACGGCUAUGGAGCUUGGGCCUGCGGCUGUUGCAAGAUGAGGAAGACGGCUGCUGCAUUCUAGAUAAAUUUGCGCAGGAAGAGAAGAAAAGAACGACGGCUGCUAGGAAAGAGGUAACGGAUGUAGACGAUGUGAGUAUCCAUGGUUUUAAUCAAAGAGGUUACCAAGUAAUGAAGUGUUCUUGUUCGUUUUAGCGAGUGGCCUAUUCCCUGCUUUUUCAUAUCGGCUAAUCCCUCGCCUACACCUCCAAAACGUCGAAGCCGCACGUGAGGAUCUCCGUAAUAGCAAAUUUCUCCCUCUACAAGCAGAAUCGUUUCAGCUUAUCAAAUUCGAAAGUACGCUGCACGCCUGACUGCCGCUCCACACCCACCCUCGUGAUGCUCGCCAGAGUAGUCGACCGCCGGGCCUCCGCCAUCCGCCGCUUCCCGCCGGGCUGCGGCCGCCCCCACAAACCGGCGGCGGGGCCUCCGCCGUACCACCGGAUUCCAACCGCCGCCGCCGCCAAAACUAAACACACACUCCCGAACCCCUCCGCGCGAGCGGCCACCAAUACCGCCCCACCCCCGCCAAGACAAACCCUCUCAGCAACCGCCUCCUUGGGUGCCGAGGCGCCCGACCGUGGCGUGGGGAGCGGAAGGAAUGCCGCUGCGGUGGUGACCGUUCGCCUCGUCUCGGCCGUUAGGGGGUACCCGCCGGGCUGCGGGCGAGGCGUCGCCGUGUCCAAGUCGAAGCCACCGGAUUCGGAGGAUGAAGCGGAGCGUGAGGACGGCGCGGGUAAUCCGUCGGCGGUGGUGGGCAACGGUGACCCCAAGGCCAGAGCUUGUGACGGGGAUGUGAUGCUACGCGCGUCUGCGCUUGAUCAUGCGGAGUUCAGUUCCAAUGGUGGGGUGACGACCGGAGGUGAUGGUGACGCUGGUGCACAUGAUGAAGGUGGUGGGAAGCCUUGGGAGGUUACUGGCCUCAUGGCGGCGCCGUUCUUGCCAUGGGCGCGGCAUGAGAGGAGGUCACAGCGGGGCAGCGGCGGAAGGCCUUAACCUGCUGUAAAGCAUGUGCGAAACGUGGCCCUUGGUUUGCUUGAUAGGUUGCAUAUAUGUUGGACCAUUUGCUGAUCGUAGUCGUCCUUUUGGAUGAUCAUCCUAUUGACAGUGAACUGUGAAGGAUUUGAUCACUUCUAAAUGCUUUGUUUCCAAAAAUUACCAUAUACUGUGGUCAGAAUCACAGAAUUUAAUUACUAAUGGAAGAGUUGUUGUUUCAUUUAA